AUGGCGACAAAAAACUGCGUCCUUUCUAGUACAAGGGUAGUCUAUCGUCAAAGUAUUCUCCAAUCACCCACUCGAAAACGUACCAACUCAGAGGUCCAUGACACUUCACAGCCACGGAAAGCGUUUGGCGACCUUGACGACACAGUGGAUUCUGACAGUUCAAUCGAGAUAUUCGAGGGUAACCUGUUUUCAGGGAAGAAGAAACUGAAGGGUGCAAAGGACUUGUGUGAGAAGCAACCCAAGCCAAUUCACCCAUUCUUUUUGGCGCAGUCCAGACGUAAAAUCGCCCUCACUUCUGCACUGUCUAAAUCGAAUAGCAAAGUGGAAAAUCUCGACGAGAACCUGAGAAGUACAGAAUGCGUCGCGCUGCGACCUGAUAAAGUACCGAAAAAAUCCCUGAAUCACACAAACACUAUGGAGACCGGAACAUCAAGACGGGGAAUUGUUCCGAAGAAAAUGGGUAGCGAUAUCAACAAAACAGAACUACACAACAGUACCAGUAUGGCAGUAGCUCGAAGCUCAGGUCCCGGAGGGAGAAUGCCCGAAUAUUACAAAGGAAAAGGUAGUCGAGUUACAGUGUCGAAAUCUGAGUCCUUUGCCGAAGCAGCCUCCCAAAUGCCAAACUACUCCUACGCGAAUUACUGCACCCCCUCGCCCGCCGUUGUCUACACGCGCUGCGAGGAUGAAGCCAAUAAAUUGGUUCAAACACUUGAAAGUCCCCUUGGAUUUGACCUCGAGUGGCGUGUACUCUGGAAUUCUGGUGCACAGGAACGACGAACAGCACUGGUACAACUUUGCGACAAAUCGACUAUCUUGCUGAUCCAGGUAAGCCAAAUGAAACGGUUUCCGGAAAGGGUCUUGGAGGUAAUUGAGUCGCCAAACGUUGUAAAGACAGGAGCGAACAUCCACAAUGAUGGCGAAAAAUUGUAUCGUGACUUUGGGAUCACAACCCGAGGACUCGUCGAACUUGGUGCACUUGCACAUGUCGCAGAUGAUACUUUCUCUAGCAUGUACAAGCGACGAGUAGUCAGUCUCGCCAAGAUGGUUGCUAUGUACCUCAUGUGCAAUUUAGUGAAGAGCAAAGAGCGCACCAGUAAUUGGGAGGCAGACCUGAAUAAUAAGAUGGUGCAUUAUGCGGCGAAUGAUGCGCAUGCAGCACUGAUGGUGCACCUGAAGCUCCUGAACUUGGCCAAAGCUGGCAACAAGGAACUUGACCCGACCCAGUAUACUAGCUCAGUCGAUCCACCCAGUCAAAGGGCGGGUAGUAUUAAGGUGAUAUCAUCACCUACGCCGCCGGAAUUCGAUGCGCCAUCAUUAGCAUCAACGCCCCCUCGCCCGCAGUACAUGCGGGCUUAUAACCUAUGGCACCACCGGAAUACGCCUCUUGAUAAGAUGUGCGACAUAUUGAAGACAGGUGGGCGAGUGGAACCUCUGAAAGAGAGUACGGUGAUAUCGUACGUGGUGGGUGCCAUACAGGCAGAUACGUCACUGCCGUUCAAUAUGAGUAAGCUGCUGGAGCUGGUGAAGAUGGAGGCGGGAAGUUGGUCACGACAUCGAGCAUGGUUAAUGGACGCAGAGAGGAGCGGUCGUGGAUGUUGUGUGCCGCCGGAAUUGGAAUAA